CAUAAUUUGAAAUCAUUUGAUCUCAAUCAUCAGUUAUAUUUUAUAUAAUCUGGAUUCUCGAUUAUCCAAUUCUGCCCCUCCCUUGGUCUUCAACUUCAAACCAACCACCAUUUCCAUUUCUCUUCAUCUCCUCUGCCCAUCAAUCUAUAUAUACAUGAACAACAAGCAAUCAAGGGCAGAGACACAAAUGCACUCGCAUUGCCGAUAACCGUUCAAUUUCUCUUCUCUCAACACUAAUUAUUAAGGAAAAACAAAGUAAGAAAAAGAGGAAAGAAAAAAAAAAUCUAGUUGGAGUGGAUUGUUGAAUUGAGUGAGGAUGCCUGAGUUGAAGGGGAGGCUUUCCAAGGAGAAAGAGGAGCAGCAUUAUGUUCCUCGCAAGGAGAGUUUCAUGGAGAGGUCGCCUCGUAGCCCGUUGAGCACUCACAGCCCCCCCACGAGCUCAACGAGCCACGAAAGCGACUCUCUCGACCUAGCCAUGGAUGGCGUGGUGGAGAGCAACACCAUUGAGGACCUCUACAACAAUGUGUGUGAUAUGCAGAGCUCGGAUCACUCUCAAUCCAAACGCAGCUACCUCUCGUAUGGCGAGGAGUCGCGCCUUGACUCUGAGCUGAAUUUCCUCGCUGGAGGCGAGCAUAUGAAGAAAGUAGUAGUCAAGGAUGACAGUUUUGGGGAGAAGUUUAGGGUCAAUCCUGCCGGUUUUAGCUGUGAUUCGCCUACUUCAAAGUCGCAGGUUAGGCGCCACUCGUGUGUGGAGCUGCCCUCUGAGACCUCCAAGAAGGCGACGAUGAGGAGCAAGACACAAAAUGGGAGGCCCCCGAAUGGGAAGCCGCCUAGCAUGAAGGGUGUCAAGAAAUGGGGGACGUCUUCUUCUGCAAAGAUUGAGAGGGGGAGAGUGCAGAGUGAGGCAGAGGAGAAUGGUGGCGAGGCGAAGUUUCUUGGUCCGUAUCUGCUGAAGCAGGCGAGGGACAUGAUAGCAACGGGGGUGAAUCCUCAGAAGGCUCUUGACUCGGCUAUGAGGGCUAUGAAGUCGUUUGAGGCCUCUUCGGGUGGGGAGAAGGCGCCUGAUCUUGACUAUGUGAUGUGUUUGCACGUUGUGUCCGCGUUGCACUGCAGGCUCGGGAGGCACGACGAGGCCAUCCCCCUUCUUGAGAAGUCGAUCGAGAUUCCUGCGAUGGAUUUAGGCCAGAACCAUGCUCUUGCCAAGUUUGCAGGGUGUAUGCAGUUGGGUGAUACUUACGCGAUGCUGGGGCAGAUUGAGAACUCGAUUCUGCUCUACACCGCGGGUUUGGAGAUCCAACGACAGGUGUUGGGGGAGAACGAUCCGAGGUUUGGGGAGAUGUGUAGGUAUUUGGCCGAGGCACAUGUGCAAGCAAUGCAGUUUGAGCAAGCGGAGAGACUCUGCUAUAUUGCGCUGGACAUUCAUAAGUUGAACGGAUCGGUAGCCUCACCCGAGGAGGCGGCCGAUAGGCGGCUUCUUGGCCUGAUCUGCGACACCAAAGGCGACUACGAGGGUGCACUCGAGCAUUAUGUGAUUGCAAGCAUGGCAAUGUCUGCCAAUGGCCAGAAUGCUGAUGUUUCAGCCAUUGAUUGCAGCAUUGGCGACGCGUAUCUGUCUCUGCUUCGCUACGAUGAGGCCAUCUGCGCGUAUCAGAAGGCUCUCAGCACGUUCAAGGGCAUCAAAGGCGACAGCCAUCCAUCCGUAGCGUCUGUCUAUGUUCGUUUGGCUGAUUUGUACAACAAGAUUGGGAAAUUCAGCGAUUGCAAAUCCUACUGCGAGAGUGCUCUCAAGAUUUACGCCAAGCCAGCCCGGGGCAGCCCACCUGAGGAGAUCGCGAGUGGUUUGGUGGAUAUAUCCGCGAUCUAUGAGUCGUUAGACGAGCCUCAGCAGGCACUCCAGCUGCUGCAGAGGGCCAUAAGAGCUUAUGGGAACACGCCUGGCCAGCAGAGCGUCGUUGCAGGAGUCGAAGCUCAAAUGGGAGUGCUGUACUACAUCUUGGGAAACUAUGUCGAGUCGUACAAUGCUUUGAAGAGUGCUACAACGAAGUUUCGCUUGACAGGGGAGAAGAAGUCUGCAAUUUUUGGUAUUGCUCUCAAUCAGAUGGGGCUUGCUGCGGUGCAGCUCUUCUCGAUCAACGAGGCUGCUGAUCUGUUGGAAGAAGCUCGGGACAUUCUCGAGUCCGAAUGUGGGCCGUUCCAUGCUGAUACACUCGGAGUUUACAACAAUCUUGCAGGAACUUAUGAUGCAAUGGGAAGAACUAGUGAUGCAAUUGAAAUCUUGGAGUACAUUGUGGAGCUGAGGGAGGAGAGGCUCGGGACAGCGAAUCCCGACGUGGAGGAUGAGAAGGCGAGGCUGUCUGUACUAUUGAAAGAAGCAGGAAAGUCCAGGACCAGAAAAACGAGAAGAUCACUGGAGGCUUUGCUUGUCCAGAACGACGCUGUUCAUGGCAGUAUUAUCGAUGUUUCCUAAAAAAAUGCGAUUACUUCUUUUGCCGAUAGUUUAUAUGGUUUCCGUUUUCGUCUAAUGUACAUGUUGAUAACAAAAAGGUUUUAGUUGGUGUGUUUCGUUACGCCUUGUGGUUACAGGAUCGGCGUGUGGAAUGAGAGUUUUGCUCGUUUUUUUGGUACGAAAAGGUCGAUAUCAGCGUAGUAGAUGUAGAGGGGCUUUUGAGAUGUUGCUGUCGAUUGUGUUGUGUACCUUACCAUUCUAUGUAACUUUGUGUUUUGAUGAAGUAAAGAUGGGAUUUCAUUUUCCUA